GCGGGCGCGCGCCCUGCCCUCCUCUUCCCCUCCCCUCCCUUCUCUUCUCCCGGCAGAAAGUUAGCAGCGGGGAAGGAACUCGGGGCUGCAACAGUGUGAGGCGACGGCAGCAGAGGCAGCGGCUGCUGGAGAGGCAGCGGCGGCGGCGGCGGCAGCGACUAAGGAGGAGGCGGAGAACACGGAGCUGGAGACGGAGGCUGGAGCAGGUGCCGCCGGCAGCGCAGGGAGUUUCGUGCGCCCCCCUCAGUCCCCUUCUCAGCGGCUGAGGGGGGGUGGUGGGGGAAGCCCGGGGCCAACAGCCGGGCUCCGGGGGCAGCGUCGGGAGGGCCAUGCGGCGGGGCUCCCCCCAAGUGCAGCGGGACAGCGGCGGCGGCUGGAGGAGCAGCCGGGGCCGGGGGCGCAUCGGCGUCUCUCCAUGCAACCCGGGCGGCUCGGCGGCGGCGGCGGGGGCGGCGGCUGAAAUCAUGUCCGGGCAGCGCCGGGGGCUGCUGCUGCCGCCGCCGUUGCUGCUACCACCGCCGCCACUGCCGCGAGCGGGGAACCGCGAUGGCCCAGUGGCCCGCGCCGCCGCCGCCGCCGCCCACUGCCUCCUCUAAGGGGCCCCCGGCGCGCAAGCUGCUCUUCAUGUGCACCCUGUCUCUGUCCGUCACCUACCUGUGCUACAGCCUCAUGAGCUGCUACAGUUCUCUGCAGUUCCCGCUGGCUCUGCAGGAGCCGCCCGGCGCCGGGGAGCCCUCGGGCGGCCCCCCUCCCAGUCCGCCGCUACUGCCCUCCCUCCUGCCUCCCCGUGUCCAGCUCGGCCCCUCGCGCCCUCCGCCGCCGCUGCCGUCCCUGGGAGCGCUGGCCAACGCAAGCCGGAGGGAGCCACCGGACUCCCCUCAGGCCCCCGGAGACCACUGGGGACUGGGCAGCAGUGGCGGAGAGGGGGCAGCCAACCGGGACGCUUGGAUUCGGACUCCCUUAGCCCCCACCGAGAUGAUCACGGUGCAGAGCGGGCUCUUCGAGAGGGAUCCUCAUGAGUCCAGCACCACGGACGAGGAACUGACCGGCCGGAGGGGAGGUAAUAGUACCAGUGGAGGAGGGGAAAAAGGUGCCCCUGGCCCUGGCACCACUACCCCGGACUAUGGAGAGAAGAAGCUACCGCAGGCGCUGAUCAUCGGGGUGAAGAAAGGAGGGACCCGGGCUCUGCUGGAGGCGAUCCGAGUGCACCCAGACGUGCGGGCAGUGGGCGUGGAGCCGCACUUCUUCGACAGGAACUACGAGAAAGGGCUGGAGUGGUACAGAAAUGUAAUGCCCAAGACACUGGAAGGGCAGAUAACAAUGGAGAAAACACCGAGUUACUUUGUAACCAAUGAAGCUCCCAAACGCAUCCACUCCAUGGCUAAAGAUACCAAGCUGAUUGUGGUUGUGAGGAACCCUGUGACUCGGGCAAUCUCUGAUUACACACAGACCCUGUCCAAGAAACCAGAGAUCCCGACCUUUGAAGUUCUAGCCUUCAAAAACCGGACCCUGGGGCUGAUUGAUGCCUCCUGGAGUGCCAUCCGCAUUGGGAUCUAUGCCCUGCACCUGGAAAACUGGCUUCAGUAUUUUCCCUUGUCUCAGAUCCUGUUUGUCAGUGGUGAGAGACUGAUUGUGGAUCCCGCUGGGGAGAUGGCCAAAGUGCAGGAUUUCCUCGGACUCAAACGGGUGGUGACUGAGAAACAUUUCUACUUCAACAAAACCAAGGGGUUCCCUUGUUUGAAGAAACCAGAGGACAGCAGCGCCCCAAGGUGCUUGGGCAAAAGCAAGGGACGGACUCACCCCAGAAUUGAUCCAGAUGUGAUCCACAGACUGCGGAAAUUUUACAGACCCUUCAAUGUUAUGUUUUACCAAAUGACAGGUCAAGAUUUCCAGUGGGAACAGGAGGAAAGUGACAAAUGAGGCCAGAAAUUCUGGGGAAAGCAAUCUGAUAGAUAGAGGUGAAUCACUGGCUGAGAUGUGAAACUCCCCAGCUGGCUUAUGGCCACAGCCUGGCACCCAGGCAGUUCCCAAUCCGUUGGUCAGGUUGCAGGGUUCCCAUCCCUGCUGAGCUAAAUCCUUAAUGUCCAAGCAGUUAGGAGGUCUUUUAUGGGUCUCUCUCUCUCCCUUCAAUUCUCCCUCAAAUCUGGGAUGUUCAUUAUCCAGUCGAAGGGCUUAGGGAAGGAGUAAGUGGGAGAUUGCUUUCAGCACAACCCCCCCCCCCCCAAAGGCAAACUAUGUCUGCUUUUCACAGCUGGCACAUAAUCAACUUGACUCUAUCUGAGACCCAGUCCUUUGGUCUUAGCUGGUGAAUGUCACUGGCCAGUACAGCAUGAGGGUGAUCAAGAAGAUAAUAUCCUCCAUACACACACAUGCACACAUCCAUUCACACAUCCUUAGCAAAAGUCAUGGUUAAACAGGGGAGGAAUUGAAUUUGAAGCACCCCCUUCUCUCACUGGCCAGGAUGUCUGAUUCAUCCUGUGUCUGACAACUUUUUAUUCUUCAGAUGACCUCAUUUCCUUAUCCCUUGCACAGGCUUAUUUAGCCCCUCCAACUAGGAGUCCCAAAAGGCUCCAGAUGGCCAUUUAUAGGAAAGGAUGAGAAAGGGAUAUGUCUGUGUGGCCCUCAGGAACUCUGAUUUUGAGGCUGGGGAGGCAAGUCCAAUGUGUCAGAGAUCAUCAGUUUCCCACUGAAAAGCCUCUUAUGUAGCCUCUUCAUCUUUGAUGUUGGGGUAAAAGAGAUGUAUCCCUCACUUAGAUAGAUUGCUCCUCAGGGCCACCUCCUCCCCACCAAUUGUAGAAAGCAUGAAUUGCUUCUAGAGAGCUUUCAGGGUGGAGGACCUCCUCUUCCAGUGGAAUGGGGGGUAAGCUUAGCAUCACCUCUCAUUUAGAAGCAGGGGUCUUCCCAAGCAAACUUGAUUGUAUUGUUCUACUGGCAAGCAGCAGAGUGGCCUCUCAGCUCUUGCAAGAUUCCUGAAGUGGUUGGAAAACUAAGAUUGUCCAACCCUCUUUUGAUUGGGGAUAAGGAAAAAAGCCUAUUUCCCCAGGAAGACCAAGUGUUCCAUGCUGCUUCUGGAUAGGAUUCUCUGGAUCUCUUGCUUAAUCUGUUGCUCAGGGCCAGGAAGCUAUAGCCUGUCACCCACAAGGCAUGCCCCUUUGCCUCUUCCUUCCCCACUCCUCCAAAGGCCUGGGACAUGGGACACAUUCAUUCUCUGGAACUGGCUAUAAGUAGACCCCUGAGAACUUCCAGGUCUUGAAAUGAUUGGAAUUGAAGUAAAUGCCACUAGGUAGCUUGGGGAGGGCAAAAAGCCAGUUCUAGCUCGGCCUCCCAGGACAGCUUGCUGCUGCCAGUGGUCCAUAGUCGGAGGCAAAAGAGCUAACUUCAUUUGUCAGACUUGGAGGGGUGGGCCAGAAUAGGAAUGUGCACAUCAGGUGUGGCUGAAUAAAAUGUCAGUUCCCAUUAGCUUGAUUUGAUUAAAACACAGCGUUUGACACAAAGCACUUUUCCACAGGCCGACAAAACCAGAAAUCGUUCCAGUAAAACUGAAAAUAUGUAGUGGGGAUGAGUUUAAUUUUUCUCAGAUGUUAUUAAAAUGUCAUUUCUCCCGCUAAAUGAAAACUGUGUUGUUAUAAAAAUGGAAUGCAACCUGAUUAAUGGGUUCUGAUAGCAUUUCUUUUAGUCUCCCCAGUUUCCAAUAAGCAUGCAUCCACUCUCAAAGCAGGUUGGAUAGUCACAGCUGCAUUCUCUUUUGGGACCUGACACCUGCUUCACCUGAUGGAUCUGGAUACACAGAAAGCAAGGAGGCUCUUGGGAAUACUUUACAGAGCCAUGUUCAGGGGAAGGAUAGAGUCUGGGACCAUGGCUUUCUCUGUCCCAGAUAGUUCUGACAAAAAAUGGACUUGUGCCUAAUUCAGUAUAUCCAACUGAAACAGCCUUAUAAAUGAGAAUUAUUUUUUCAGACAAGAAGGUUCCUAUUGAGCUGAAGGCAAUAGAAACACCUUUAUUACCAAAAAGAAGAUAUAGAUAAGAUUUAGGGGAAAAUGAUAUAUGUAGUAUGUGAAUAUUUGAAAGAAAAAAAACCACCUUAAAUAUAACAGGGUCAAGAAGUUUGCACUGUUAGCUGUUCAUAUGGCCCAUUAUACAAAACGAAUUGUUACUCUUCUUCCCUUUCUUUCUCAUACACUACCAUUUUCUGCUCUUAUGAAAUCAUCCUCUAAUGGAAGAGACCCAAAUUAAGUCAGCUUCUGAGAUCAAGGGUGUGGUUAAGAGCAAGCUAUCUUAGGUUAGCCUACCCUAGAAGCAGAAUUGGAUUUUCAGGAAUCUUUGACUCUUGCCCAGAUGAUAAAUGGGGAACUGGGGGUUCUACAUGUAACAGCUAUCAAGGAGCUUCUGUUUAUACAAAAUCCCAGCCCCCUUUUUCUCCCAGCCCUUUUCUUGGAGAAUCCUCCAAUUGAAACCUGUAGUCUAGAACCUAUUUAGGAAAGGGCCCUAAGAGCUAAAUUUCCUCAUUCUCAAGGGAGGAAUACUCUCUAUAACAUCUUUAACAAGAUCCUUUCUUUCAACAAACCUCUGUUUUCUCCUCUGUCAAAUGGAAAUUUGCAUCAAAUAAUUUCUUAAAUUCUAAUCCUAAAAUGCACCCUAAAUUAGUGGUAGGGUCAACUCAGUACCUUCAUCACAUCUGAUACAACUCCCUUCUGUCUACCUGUCUGUCCUAUCUAGGAAAACAUUGUUUUAUAAGACAAGGAAAAAUAAUGCAUUUGCAAUCAGGUUUGGAAAAGAGUUCCUGAGGAGAUAAACCAGACAGCUUAAUAUGAGACCUUCCCUUACCUCCUCAGUCUCCUUUCAAUGUUGAUUUCUACAGAAAGGGUUUUAGGAGAGAUUCCAUGUUGGAUCAGAUGUGAUAAAGUUGGGAUUUUAGAUUUGACUCCCAGGGAUUAAAACCAUGGCCCAAGGUGUUUAUAAUUUGUAUUUCUUCUCCCUUCCUAUCCUUCUGAGGAUUUCUUUUUUAUGUAGGUUAUAUCCCUAUGAUCCAGGCGAGAAAUAAAGCACUUAGGGACUCAGAAAGGCCUUUCCUAGAGUUUGGAAUAAGUGAAAAAAAUUCUUAUUUUUCCUCUGUGCGUUGAACAGAAAAGGAUUUAAAAAAAAUAAGAUACUUUGGACAAGGGCUAACCAUCACCUUUUCAAUGGCGGGCAAGGUUCAUGGAUAUAGCUACACUUACCAAAUGUCUUGUCCUUGAAAACAGCUCUCAAAAGGGUCUCUCACAGUUCCAGAGAGGCAGAAGAAUAGGGAACCAUUCUUCAGAAAUGUCAUAAAGGGAGGAAGAAAGAGAUUUAUUAAUUUUUAAAGCAGCCAUUUGGAGACAUAUUUGAAAGAUCCAGAUUCCAAAAAGAAAUACAAAAAUUUAUAUCGUUAAACCUUGCUUUUUACAUUGUUGUCGUUGGUUUUAUCUUCCGUGAUCCUUUAAAGGGAUAUGCUGAGCCCAAACUGCCUUUUUAAAAAAAAUGGGACACUUGACAAAAGGAAUUAUUUCCUAGCUAGGUGGGUGUAACUCACCUGCAGGAAGAGAAUUGGGUUAAUAAUUUUUUUCUUUCCUAUUUAAAUGUCAGCAUUGCAACCCACAAGAGAUUGAAUUUUGUAUUUGAUUUCAAUUAGCAAAGCAUAAAUUAUGUUUAAUUUUCUACAAGCUGCGUGGAUGAUUCACCGUUCUGGAAAGGCUGCUGCCGGGUGGUUCAGGGCUGGGAAAUGGAGAAUUUAGCCUUCCAAACUAUGCUUGCUGCUGACAGUUCUGCCUAAUAGGCCUCUUUCUUUCUGUAUUGUUCUGUACUGGAAGGAGAUGAGCAACUCAAAUUUUAAAUCUGAACCAGCCAGCUCUAAUAAAAUAUUGUGGCAGCCACAUCUCUGGGCUCCAUUGAUCAUUAGCUUCUGCUCAUGAACCAUGCCUGAAAUACAAGCAAUCAAUAAACCAAUCAACAUACAUUUAUGAAAUGCAGCAUUGUGCUAGGUGCCAGGUAUGAAAAGAUGAGAUGAUCUGGUCCCCACCCUCAAGGAGUUUAUAUUCUGGAUGAAGUCUCUGAUGAUCAGACUCUAGCCUAGGAAUUGUUCACCUUUAUUUAAUUUUUUUGAAUUUUGGACCCUUUUGACUGUCUGGUGAAACCCAUGAAUCUCUUCUCAGAAUGUUCUUAAAUGCACAUGACAAAAUACAUAGAAUUACCCAGGAAAUUAAUUUUAUUGAAAUAAAAAUUCAUUUUCUUACAUCCACUUUCAGGAACCACUGGAAGUCUAUCCUAAGAUUCUAGGUUAAGAUUUUCUUCAAAAAGUCUAACACUCUAGAUAAAGAUUAGUGUCCAAUCUGUCACCUGGACAAACAGCCCCUGAGGUGACACUCAGACUUAAAAGUACUCAUUUCCCAAAUAGUAGGUGAGUCUUGGAGGAAAAAAAAAUGAAAGGAGUAAUAGCAUUGAAAUUUGACUGUGCUGCUCUCUGUCAAUUCAAUUCAUUUUACUAGACAUAUAAUAGAAAAACUACUGGAGAGAAUGAAUGCAGUCAGUGAAUCCUGGUUUUUCUCUUCGAUGUUUUUGAUACUAAUAUGAGCCUACUAUAUACAGAACAUUGUGCUAUGCCCUGAAGGAGUCAUAAAGAAGAGUUAGAUAUGAUGACUCCAUCAUUCAAGGAGUUCACAGUCCAA